AUGGCAGACUCUGAUUCUUCUGAAGAAGAUUUGUCUCGCUUUAAGGAAGCAGUGGACACAAAUUUUAUAGCUAAAAUAAGUCAAGAAUCUAACAAUGUUAAAAUAACCAACAAGACCUCCAAAGAAUCGAAAAAGAAGUCAGAAAGAUAUUUAGAUGAAGCAUCUCAUUACAAUGAUGUUAAAGUUCCAAAAGAUCUACAAAUAAAAAUUGCCAAAAAGAUUUCCACUAUUAUUAAUAAAAAUGUUGAGUUUGUGGAAGUAGAACCGAGGAAGUUUAAAAGAAAAAUUAAAGGUGGAGUUAAACUUUUCAGUACUUCAGAAGAGUUUCUUACUUGUGCAGAAGUUGAUGAUACACAAACGGAGUCACAUAAUAUAAAGGCUAAAAAACUGAAACAGAAAAAAACAUCAAAUGAAAUUAUUGAUGAGGAAAAAUUAAAAUCAGUAGCAGUUAGCGGAGAGUAUGUGUUAUCUAAAGAAGAAACUAAAUGUUGGAAGUCACGCCGAAAAGAAAAACUUUUUAAAUACAAGUCAAAUGGAAAUGGUGUUCUGGUUGCUAUAGAAUAG